AUGAAGGUGUUUCCUAGGUUUAAGUUUCUGUCUAGAGCAGUGGUUCAUGAAGAAAACCAAGAUGAACAUGUUUUGGAGAGGAACAUGUAUCCUAUUGUAACAAAAGAAGGUUUGUGUGUAUCUUCUUCACUCACAGUUUGGAAAAAAUCGCUUCUAAUGAAUUGUAAAGGUUUCACAGUUAUUGAUUCGUGUGGUAAUCUUGUAUAUCGUGUUGAUAAUUACUCCUUGCACCCCCAAGAGCUUGUUCUUAUGGAUGCUUCUGGAAACUCUCUCCUCACCAUGCGUCGCCACAGGAAGCUUGGAUUGGUAGACAAUUGGUGUGUGUAUGAAGGGGACUUGGGGAACCAUCGUACAAGGAGAACAACAACAUGUAGGACAAGAAAGAGUCCGGUUUGUUGUGUAACCAAGAGUGUAAAUAUUUUAAACGGCAAUUCCAAUGUUCAAGCAUAUGUGUACCGUGUAGCUUCUGGCUCGGAUAAUCGUCGCGCGGCGUUUACGGUUGAAGGUUCGUAUGCACAAAGAACGUGUAAAGUGUUGGAUGAGUGCAAGAAAACUGUAGCUGAAAUCAAGAGAAAAGAGACCAAUACUAAGGAUGCGUCUUUUGGAGUUGAGAUUUUUCAGUUAGUUGUUCAUCCAGGGUUUGAUCCUGGUUUUGCUAUGGCACUUGUUUUAGUACUUGAUCAAAUGUUUUCGUAA